AUGGCAUUCAGGGCAAAGGCAGGCGUGUGGAUGGCAGGGCCCUGGCUGUCUCUGCAAGGGCCACGGGCACUGGCCACCAGAGCCUCUCUGGCGCCCAAGGCGGUGCUGCCCUUCGAAGCCAUACCCCAGAGUCGCCACAACAACUGGAUGAGGACGCUGCAGUUCUGGAAGGGGCAGGGCUAUGAGAACCUUCACCUGGAGAUGCAUCAGAACUUCCAGGAGCUGGGGCCCAUUUUCAGGUAUGACACAGGAGGAACACGAACGGUAUCUGUGAUGGACGUGGAGAGGCUGCAGGAGGUGGAGAGUCUGCACCCACGCCGGAUGCUCGUGGAGCCCUGGCUGGCCUACAGACAACACCGGGGGCACAAAUGUGGCGUGUUCUUGCUGUGA